CUCGAUCUAUCCCCCCACAGUCUCGUAGCAUGUAUGCACGAUGCAACAUGGAAAAUUACACAGUUGCUAACAAAACGGCUACUGUAAUCCAAUCUCCUGAAGCUUUCACACGCAACAUGCAUUCGCUCGUUCUAGACAGAAUAUUGGGGAAAAUACGCCCACUAGAGUUCAGCACCGUGCUCACGGAAGCCCACUAUACCAACCUUACACACACAAACAACCCAGAAUUCCCAGUGCUGUCGCACCUCGGCGCUAUCAACACCCUCUCGCUUGAACGCCUAGAGAACCGGUUUCUCCUCAGCGGCGGGGCAGAUGCGGUAAUUAAGAUCUGGGAUACCCGUAGCUGUGAUCCUGUGAACUCCCCGUAUGACAGUGACAAGGUGGUGACAGUGGCUCUGAUUCCAAAGAAGGUGGCGCACACAUUUGGGGUGUCCUGCGUAAAGUGGUGGCCCUUUGACAACGAGAUGUUUGUAUCUUCUUCGUUCGACCAUACAGUAAAGAUCUGGGAUACCAACAGCAUGGAGGCGGUACACGCGUUUGAUCUAGAACACCGAUUGUACCACAUGGACCUCUCAUCCACCGGCCAGCAGACACUCGUAGCCACCGCCAGCGAUUUCCCCCUAAUUCGACUCCUCGACUUGCGAACAACUUCUGCCUCCCACACGCUUCCAGGGCAUAGAGGUAAGGUUCUAGCGGUGAAAUGGUCACCCACGGAUCCUAAUAUCCUCGUGUCUGGAGGCUCGGACGGAGAGUUAAAGCUCUGGGACAUCCGGCGAAGCAACUGCUGUGUAUGUCGCUUCGACAUGUAUCGUACCAGUGAGACCCAUCCUAUCGCCCCUACAGACAACCGAAUAAGGUCUGAAAAUGAGGGGAGAGCCGUGAAAGCGCACCUGGGCCCGUUGAACGGCAUCGUGUGGAUAGAUAACGGGGCUGGGAUUAUAACCACUGGUAACGACGAGAAGGUACGGGUGUGGGAUCUCGAGCCAAAGGGUGGGGUUAACAAGUUGACAAAUUUUGGACCCCUAAUUAGAAACAAAUACCUCCAGAACCUCACGCCUUGUCUCAGCCCCGCCACAGAAACCGAGCUCCAAUACUUGCUCUAUCCAUCAGAUAACGGAGACAUCUUCGUAUACCGCGUUACCGACGGGAAGAUGGUGAAAAGACUUAGCCGAGGCCCCAAAACCCCAAGGUCGUGUUGCAUUGAGUACGCCGGCAACCAUUCGGGGACAUACUAUACCGGGAAUCUGGAAGGAGAGAUCAGCACCUGGGGACCUGAGGCUGCCCACCCCAUCAUUGACAACCACGUGCACUAUGAUAAUAACGAGGGAGGUGAGGAUGUGUUGAUCAGGAUUCAAAACGAGAUAGAGGCGCGGCGGAUCCUUGCAGAUUCAGAAUUUUAGGUGAGGAAAAUUAGUAGCUACUAGCUUAUGUCCCUUUACUAUUGAUGUCACAAAUUUCGAUAUAUAUACGAGUAUUGAUAAAUAUAUGCUACUUCUUUUUUUUUCGAUUUAUGUGAGGGACAUCAUAAAG